AAGAUUGCCGAGUGAAGGCUAAAAUCACAAAGCUCAAAAAGGCGAGUGAAGGUGAGAACUGAGAUCCCCAAAUUGGCGAGUGAGAGAGAAAGCGAGUGGCAAUUCAAACCCCGCAAGAAGGAAACCCUAAUCCCCAAUUCCCUACGCGCCUUAACCCCACUCGCCUUCGGUUUCCGCAGAAUCAUCACUCAUGCUAUUUCACCUCCACUUCAGGUUCAAUCAGAGAAACAGUUGGUUGAAGUAAAUAAGUUUCAAUCAUGGACAUAGAUCUUAGGUUAACUUCUGGUGAACAUUGUAAGGAAGAUGAAGAAGCAAAUGGAAUUGAUAAUAUGUUAGAUGGUGAUGAAAAACUGCAUCAUGGAGUGGUUCAGGCUGGAAAUGUUGCUGAUGUAGGAGAGGAUGUACGUGCUGAAGAUGUUGGGGAAAUGAAUUCUUCUGCUGUGGAUACAAAUCUUGAGCCACUUUCUGGUAUGGAGUUUGAAUCACAUGGGGAAGCAUAUUCUUUUUAUCAGGAAUAUGCUCGCUCUAUGGGAUUCAACACUGCUAUACAAAAUAGCCGUCGUUCCAAAACAUCAAGAGAAUUUAUUGAUGCAAAAUUUGCCUGUUCUAGAUACGGGACCAAGCGGGAAUAUGACAAAUCCUUUAACCGGCCACGUGCCAGACAAAGCAAGCAAGACCCUGAAAAUACAACUGGUCGGCGAUCAUGCUCGAAGACGGAUUGUAAAGCAAGCCUGCAUGUCAAGAGAAGGCCUGAUGGAAAAUGGGUUGUACAUAGUUUUGUGAAAGAACAUAACCAUGAACUUUUACCGGCCCAAGCUGUCAGUGAACAGACCAGAAUGAUGUAUGCUGCAAUGGCUAGACAAUUCGCUGAAUAUAAAAACGUUGUUGGUCUGAAGAGUGAUCCCAAAAAUCCAUUUGACAAAGGUCGAAAUUUGGCAUUUGAAGCUGGAGAUGUUAAGAUUUUGCUUGAAUUUUUUACUCACAUGCAAAACAUAAAUCCAAACUUCUUUUAUGCAAUAGACCUUGGUGAAGAUCAACGUCUGAAAAGUUUGUUUUGGGUUGAUGCAAAGAGUAGACAUGAUUACAGUUAUUUCUGUGAUGUUGUGUCUUUUGAUACCACUUAUGUCAGAAACAAAUAUAAAAUGCCUCUUGCGCUAUUUAUUGGAGUGAACCACCAUUACCAGUUCAUGCCACUUGGAUGUGCACUGGUAUCAGAUGACAGUGCAGCAACAUUUUCUUGGCUAAUGCAGACAUGGCUGAGAGCGAUGGGUGGACAAUCUCCUAGAGUUAUAAUCACCGACCAAGACAGAACUGUGAAAUCAGUUGUUGAGGAAAUCUUUCCAGAUACUCAUCAUUGUUUCUUUCUAUGGCAUGUAUUGGGAAAGGUUUCCGAGAAUCUUGGUCAUGUAAUCAAACAGCACGGAAACUUUAUGGCAAAAUUUGAGAAAUGCAUCUACAGGUCAUGGACGGAGGAAGAAUUUGCCAAAAGGUGGUGGAAAAUUCUUGAUAGAUUUGAACUCAAAGAUGAUGAAUGGAUGAAAUUGUUGUAUGAAGACUGCAAAAAGUGGGUGCCAAUCUAUAUAAUGGAUGUUUUGUUGGCAGGGAUGUCUACGGUUCAGAGAUCUGAGAGUGUAAGCUCAUUCUUUGACAAGUAUGUACAUAAGAAGACCACGGUGCAAGAGUUUUUGAAGCAGUAUGAAGCAAUUUUACAAGAUAGGUAUGAAGAGGAAGCCAAAGCAAAUUCUGAUUCAUGGAGCAAAGUACCUACACUAAAAUCUCCUUCACCUUUCGAGAAGAGUGUUUCAGGGGUGUAUACACCCACAGUAUUCAGGAAGUUUCAAGUUGAGGUUGUGGGUGCAAUUGCUUGUCAUCCAAAACCAGAAAAUCAUGAUUCGACAUGCAGCAUUUUUAGAGUUUUUGAUAUUGAAAAGAAUCAGGAUUUUGUUGUUACGUUGAAUGAGAUAAAGACUGAAGUUUCUUGUAUAUGCCGAUUAUAUGAAUACAAAGGCUAUCUCUGCAGGCAUGCUAUGGUAGUUCUCCAAAUGAAUGGCCACUCAGCCAUCCCUUCUCAAUAUAUUUUGAAAAGAUGGACGAAAGAGGCAAAGUACAGGCAUUUCACGGGAGAAGAAUCUGAACAGGUGCAAUCUAGGGUGCAGAGAUACAAUGAUCUAUUUAAAUGGGCACUGAAGUUGAUUGAGGAGGGUUCAUUAUCUCAAGAGAGCUACCAUAUUGCAUUCCGAAGCCUGGAAGAAACUUUUGGGAACUGUUUGAGUGCAAAUACUUCUAACAAGAGCCUUGCUGAAGCUGUCACAUCUCCCGCCCAAGGUAUGAUCUGUAUUGAAGAAGACAAUCAAAGCAGAAGCACAAACAAAGCAAAUAAGAAAAAGAACCCAACCAAAAAAAGAAAGGGAAACUCAGAGCAGGAGGUAAUGACUGUUGCAGCAACAGAUGGCUUGCAACAAAUGGAGAAAUUAAGCUCAAGAUCAGUAGCCCUAGAUGGUUAUUUUGGCCCACAACCUAGCGUUCAAGGAAUGGUUCAGCUUAAUUUAAUGGCACCACGUGAUAAUUAUUAUGGGAAUCAACAGACUAUUCAGGGGCUGGGACAGUUGAACACCAUAGCAACGAGCCAUGAUGGUUACUUUGGCACUCAGCAAACCAUGCCUGGGAUGGGACAGAUGGAUUUCUUUCGAGCACCUAGUUUUUACAUUCGGGAUGAUCCCAAUGUAAGGGCUGCACAGUUACAUGAUGAUACAUCAAGGCACACAUGAUGGUGCUUUUCUCACGGUUAAGGUGAGGAUGUAAGAAUAUAAUUAAAUCCUGGAUAGGAGGGAAGCUGACUUGGAGGUAAAAAAAAGGGAAAGUGAGACGAGCAUUUUCCGAAGAUUAUUAGAGCUAAUCUUCCCUUCAUUGGUGUCUGUAAGAUAAGAUAGAAUAGGAGAUGUGUAGUUGAGAGUUCGGACAAAUUCAGUUAGGGGCUUAUGUCACUUGUAAAGUCCGUUGUAUUAUUGUCUGUGGUUGUUACUGUCUAAAAAGAGUAUGUUGAAUUCCAGUUAUAACUUUGCUGCACACUGUUAUAUAUGCUACAGAUAUGUUUAUCUUGCAACCAUGCAGAAGUGAUAUUUACAUCUCUUUUGGCGCACCCUAUCUGAGAUGUACUUGCAUUACUUGCUUUGUUACCAAAUGAGAUGUUGAACUAUUUUUUGGCUGAUUCUUAGUGAACUGCAGGCUUUGUGGAAUUAUUGAAAUUAGCAUCACAUAUACCCGUCGAUUAGAUUGGGAUUGUUUGCUAUUUUUUAUUUUU